AUGGAGACGAAUAAGCAUCUCUUUGCCUUCUUCCAGGGAGCGGCCGAGAUCGCUAACGUGAGCGCCAACCUCUCCAAGAUGGAGACGCAGCUGUGCAAGGCGGCCGCCGUGGGAGCCGAGCUGCUCAUCUUCCCAGAGCUGUUCCUCACGGGUUAUCACGUCCCCGGGGAAGAGAUGAAGAGGCUGGCCGAGGAGAGAGACGGACCGUCGUUUCGAGAGUUGUCCAGGACGGCCAGGGAGUCCAACAUUGCGGUGCUCUACGGCUACCCCGAGGUGGACCGCUCCAGCGGAGCCCCAGUCUACUACAACUCUGCCCAGCUCAUCGACAGAGACGGGACCUCCCUCGUCAACUACCGCAAGACACACCUCUGGAUCGACGAAGAAGGCUACGAAAAAGUCUUCAGGCCUGGCGAAUCGUUUGCAGAAAUCGCCGAGUGCUGCGGAGUAAAGAUAGGCGUCCUCAUCUGUUUCGACGUGGAGUACCCGGAAUGCGUCCGGACGUUGGCACUAAGAGGUGCCCAGUUUGUCGGUGUGCCAACUGCAAUCAAAUACAGCAUGAGAACAAAGAUCGUCCCGGGGAGCAUGAUUCCCUGUAGGGCCAGGGAAAACGGGCUCUACGUUGCCUACGUAAACUCCAGUGGAGACUUUUUCGGAGGACACUCGAUCUCGUCUGACCCCAACGGUGACGUGCUAGUUCAAGCUGGGAGAGAUGAGCAAAUGGCCCUGUUUUUUGUCGAUCCUAACCUGAAGCCGUCGUGUGACUUCAUGAGCAUGAGAAAACCGAGUGUGUACUCGUGCACAUGUACGCAGUAG